AUGCAAACUGCCAACUGCGAUCGGUGUUAUCACCGAAAGAGCAAAUGCGACCGAGUUCAACCCUGUACAUCAUGUAGCAAAAGCGGGGCGCAAUGUCACUAUACCGAUCGGGCCAGGGAUAGGGCAAUCCGCCCGGACGUCGUCAGUCGACUUGAGAGGCGUCUUGCUCAAGCCGAGAAUCGAAACAAGUCUUUGGCAGCUGAAUUGGCUAAGAUCAGGUCGAUCGGGCCACCCAGCAGCAAUGAUGAUACUCCAAGUACUGUGUCUCAGCACUCGAGGCCAAACGACAACGCGAGCAGACGAAGUGAUGUCGCGGCACAAGUUUCUAUAUUGUCUACCAAUGCUGCUGGUGAGCGACAAUAUCUGGGUUCCACGAGCGGAGUGCUCUUCGCAGAUCUUGUGAGAGCGAGCGUCGACGUCCCACACUCAAGACACCCAUCACCACCAUCUACGAUACAUACAGAGGACUCACCGGACACUUCUGAAGAUGUCCGUGCUGAGAUACCACGAGAGCUUCCUUCCAAAAGAUUGGCACAAAAGCUGAUACAAGCGUACCUUGAUCACGACUUUCUCUGCUACCCUUUUCUCAUACCCUCAGAGAUCUAUAAGAUUCUGGACUGCCUGUACAGUGCUGGGCUUGCUAGUUUAACGUGUUACGAGCUUUUCGUGGUCGACAUGCUAUUCGCGAUCAGUACAGCACAAGUCUCAAAGUAUGACUGGAGACAGCUUCCGAGUGCUGAGAGCCACCAUGCUCGAGCUAUGUCUACUAUAGGCGACGUCCUACGUCUUGGAGGGCUGCAGUCUCUACAUGCCAUUCUCUUGCUCUGUCAAUACAGGACUGGUAGCUCUAUACAGGACAACUCCGGGUCAAUGUGGCUGCUAGUUGGCAUAGCCGCUCGCAUGUGCUUCGAGAUGGGACUUCACAAAGAGUCAGCCUACCCUUUGACCGGACCUGGAGAUGACGACACUACAGCGAAACGCUACGUAUUACAAGAGUCAAAGAGAAGAUCUUUUUGGAGUGUCCUUUGUAUGGACAGAAUCACUUCGCUUAUCCUUGGUCGACCUUGUGCUAUAAGGGACGACGAUUUCGAUCAUGUUUGUCCCAACGAGGAUGCCACGAUAUCCUUACCUUCAGAUACUGAUAGGCAGACAUUGCCGUUUGUCUUCAAACACAUCCUAACAUAUCGACUGCUCUGUGGACGAAUAGUGGCCGCUCUUCACCGAAAGAAAAGCUCUGAAGUCUCAGAACAACAUGUCUUACGCAUAAGACAAGAACUUUGUGCAGAUCUCGAUGGAUGGAAACACCAUGUAGAACAGUUGCAUCUCGAACAGACCUCACAAACAUCCUCCUCUUGCCAUUUGUCCAUGGAGUGGUACAACCUGCUGUACUCUAAUGCUAUGCUCAUACUGUGGCGCCCUUCACCACUCCUGCCAGACGUCUCACACGAUGCAACAUCUUUGCAAUUCAUAUUCGAGUCAGCAAAACAAAGCAUCACGAUCUACGCAAGCCUUCACAAGUCGAGGAAGAUCAACUACAGCUGGAUCACUAUACAGUCGGUAUUUCUCGCUGGUCUUUCGUACGUCUACGCCUGCAGUCGACACUUUCGCUCGCGCUGGCGCAAUCCGUCUCAACCAUCUUUGCACAAAGAUCCGACCACUAUCGAAGUGGUCAACGAUACUAGAGCCUGUUCAAACGUGCUGGUGGCUGUUUCCGAACGCUGGAAUGCACUCAGAAAUUGUCAUGAAGUAUUCGAUAGACUGGCGGAUGCUGUGUUGAGCGAUGCGAUAAAGCUUCAAACUGCUCAAGCGCAACAAAUGGCUCAAGCCAUGUUACCGCAACCUGUCAAUGUCAACAACAGUACCUUUGGCAACGCUUUGAUAACAGCACGAGGCUCGACCACGUUCUCACCUUUGGCUGUUGACACGGAAUUCUUGCAUUGCUUUGAUGAUUUACAGCAGCUUUACAACACGCAACAGAUCGAGGAUCCGAUCAUGGAGUUGAGUCAAGAUUGGCUUGGUUAUCUAGGAACUGGUAGCGAUUUGGUUGAACCUACAUAUCAAAUCUCAGGGUAUUGA